CUAAAUUUAUUUUCACUUAGGUCAGUUUAAAUCUCAGUGAUUCAGUCAUACACCGUAUUGUUCCACGGUUGUUGGUGAACUUAUUGCUACAGUGUUUGGAAUCAGAGAAAUCCUUUAUCAGCUUGUGCUGCUUUUGGUUAUUAACUUGGCCACUGAACACAACUGUUAACAAGUCCUUCUAGUUAAUGACGCAACUAGAYCAAAAAAUGAUGUCAUUCCCAGAUUCAACUUCGUUUUCGAGGRAGAUGGACAGCAGAAAACCCCAAACUGAGCUCAUUGAAAUGUGCUUCGUGUUUGUAAAAAUUCAAACAAAGCUCUAAUAUCCCUUGAAUCCAACAGAUUGGAAGGAUUUAUUUGAAUGAAUUUGACGUGAGGGUCAAUGGCCUCCUUUGCGCUCUAGCCUAUUUCCAGCUCUACAGGUGUGAGCUGGCGGGUGCACUGACACAGUGAGGGGCUGAUUACCUCUGCAGUCCUUGGUAGCUUGGUACCGCCUGGGUUAAUGACACCGGCUCCGAGAUAAAAAAGCCGAUCCCUCUUGAUAGUCGUGCGUUACUCCAGCAGCUACUCCUCAUUGAGAAAAGCUUAUCUGCUUCCCAGGGUUAUUCCAGCAGUCACCUGGCAGAGCACAUGGUUGUUUUUCACAUAGGGUGUAUUGACAUUUCAAGGUCCACGAAGAAGGGAGGGUUGGCCUUAUAAAUACGAGAGGGCGACUAAGAGCGAGCAGCGGCGCUCACGAGAACACACCUGAAGAGCAUCGACUUUAAAGAUGGACCAUGGAUGUCAGUGRACGACCUACAGCGACAGGCUUCUGAACCCUAUCCUCUACAACAUCCUGAGUCACAUGGACAACAGCAGACCAAGUCCGGACACCUUCAGCCACAGCUCGCUUCCWCACAGGUGCAACUGCGAGAUGAGACGGAGAGUGUGCUUGAAAAAGCCAACUGUGGUGGGCAAAGACGCCACGGCAGUUCUGGUGAAAACCGUCCACUUCAUGAAGAACCUUCCGGCUUUUAACCAGCUGCCGCCGAGCGACCAGUUGGCGCUUCUCGAGAGCUGCUGGGCGCCUCUUUUCAUCCUGGGUUUGGCCCAGGAGCACGUGGACUUCGAGGUGACGGACGUCCCCACCGACAGCAUGCUGAAGAAGAUCCUCCUGAACCACCAGGAGAGCCGCGAGCUGGAGACGGAGCAGCCCACCAUGGCCGGGGUCAGCAAGCUCAAGUCCUGUCUCAAAAAGUUCUGGAGUCUGGAUCUGAGUCCAAAGGAGUACGCGUACCUGAAAGGGACCACGAUUUUCAACCCGGAUGUACAGUCUUUAAAGGUGGGCCCGUUUGUGGAAGGCCUGCAGCAGGAAGCUCAGCACGCCCUGAGCGAGGUGGUCCAGCUGCUUCACCCCGGACACCAGGAGCGCUUUGCUCGAAUCCUCCUCACAGCCUCCAUGCUUCAGGGCAUCACGCCCAGCCUCAUCACCGAAUUGUUCUUCCGGCCCGUGAUAGGCCAGGCUAACCUGCUGGAGCUGCUGGUCGACAUGCUCUUCCACAGAUAGGAGGGACGGUCCUCACGGUGAACUGAUGACCCCACCAAUAACGGGGUGUGGGUUUGCUUACAUUUCCAUUGAAUUCCUCCGCUGAAAAAGAUUUGGCAGAUUGUGCUUCUCUGUUGAUAUACUUGAUCCAGGGUCGAAAGUGUCCUCUCUCUCUCUCUCUCUCUCUCACAUUGUUGUUGUAAAUAAGUGUUCUUUGCAUUUGCAGAAAUUUUCAAUAAAAUAUAUUUUUGUACACAAAUGUAAUAAAGUUCAGCUGGAGUCUGUUCAACCAUUCCGGUGACCAAA